UUUCGUAUGUAGAGGGAGAGCAGUGGGAGAUGGCUUUGAUCGGCGUCCUCAUCCUGACCUCUCUGUGGAUUGCGGGCCGAGAGGCCCUCAGCCUGUCUGAAUGUGGAGCACACGCCAGAAGACCCGAAUACACGGACAUCACAGUAAUGUGUGGCACAUCUGCCAUCGAGCUGGCUAUCCAGGUCUGCCCAGUGAUCUACACUGGCUACAAUGCAAGUUUACUGAUCCUCAACCACGUUGUGGGCAAUUCAGACUGUAAGGGUAUCCUAGAUAAUUUGGCGGAACCCCCUGUUGUCAGAUUCAGUUUCCCUAUUCGAGAGGGAACUGCCUGCGGGAGUAAGUUCCUGACCUCAAGUGCAGCAGGAACUGGCAUUUUCUCCGACUUCUCCAACAUCCAACGGGUUAAUGUCAGUGGUGUGGUGCGAUCCUUGGAUCCCACCAUCGGUACGAUAACCUACAACGCUGAGCUCAAAUAUUACUACUCGUGUGCCUACCCUCUGGAAUAUCUUAUUAACAACACCCAAGUGGACGUGUCAUCUGCUUCAAUUGCUCUAAAGGACAACAAUGGCAGCUUCAUCAGCACCCUCAGCAUGGCCUUGUUCCAGGACAAAAACUACACCGUUCCUCUUAUCAUGCCAAAUGAGGGCAUCGAGCUAAGAAAAAAUAUCUACGUGGAGGUGGUUGCGUCCAACCUGACGUCGCAGUACUUUGUGCUUCUGGACCGGUGUUACGCCUCAGUGUCCCAGCAUCCAACCAACUCUACAUUCUUUAACCUUUUUGUCUCGUGCUCCAUCGCCCAGCUGACUACUAUCUUGGAGAACGGCGAGAGCCAAAAGGCUCGUUUCUUCUUUUCUGCUUUCCGGUUCAUCGAGCAGCAAAACGAGACCAUUUCCACUUACUACCUACACUGCAUCACCCGACUCUGCGAGCAGAGCUCUUGCAGCACCUUUAAGCAAUGCAACAAUCGAAGGAGGAGGAAUGUGGAGACUACGGUGUUCCAGGACAGCAUCAAUGAGCUAUCGGUGCUCACCGUCCCCAUAAAAACCAGGACUGAUGAACCAAUCACUCAGUCUAAAGAAGAGGCCCUGUCUGGCAACAACCAGUCUAACGGCAAGGGCGCUUGGGUGGGCCUGGGGAUUGCUGUGGGCGUCCUUGUUGUGCUGGCUGUGACGGCUGUUUUGAUGGCGGCCUCUUUUUAUCGAAAGAUGAAGCUGUUGAGCUAGCGGUGGGUCAGCGUUCGCUUAAAGCGAGCAGGGUUUGGGAAGUACACGAUGUAUUCAGGAGCACUAAUCAAGAUUGUUUCAUACAUAUUUAUGGAACGCACAUCUAUACAAUGGCUGCAUCACGACGCAUACAAAUGAUAUUACUCCAGUAUUUGCAUGGACCCUGAACACAUAGUUUGUUGAUAGUAUUUCGUGCAAGCAAGAGUUGACACUUGCAUUAGUCUGUUUCAACGUUUUGCAUGUUUUAUGUAGACGAGCAUGUGCAAUCAAUUAGAUACAUGCCGUUAAUUUAAUCUGUGUUGGACACUUGUUGCAAUAAGGUAUCACCCUUAAAGAUUUCAUGAUGUAGUAAUUUAUUUUCAGAAUGUAAUUGCUUUCAGGCUGGGCACAAGACAGUAAGCAUCGGAAUACCACAUAUCAUAAGAAAAAUGUUGUGGCAA